AUGUAUUUUCAUUUCACCAAACUCACCCAAUAGAGUAUAAUACAAAAUGAUCACAUUCACAACCAUGUAAUUUCACACACAAAGAUAACCUUUUUUCUUCAUUCUUCUCCAAUAUAUUCCUUAACACCAACAACAAUUCAUCAAUUAUUCAUGAAUUUGUGAUCAUUAUUUAAAUAUUAAUUUUUUUUUAUAAUCACAAGUCAUUAAUCUUUAUUAUGGCUGCUGCUACAAACUCAUCAGUAUUUCACAUAUCCAACACCAGACACACUUUCUAUAAGAGGUAUCCGUGCUACAGAGGUCAUAGUUCAUUCGAACUACCUCAUUUGAGUUUUGUUAGUCAUAGGAAUGUCAAGUUGGAUUUUGAGUCCAAAAAAUUGGAAUGGAAGAGAGGAAGAAGGGAAGAGUUGGAGAGAAAGAGAACGAAAUUGAGUGUGAAGUGUACUGCAGAAGGAAUAGAUGGAGGAAUGAUUGUGGGAGAAGAUGGUAUUAAUAAUGUUAUUAGUAAUAUUCCUGAGAGGUACAAGGUUGUGUGUUUGGUGGCAUGUGUGAUGUGUCUUUGUAAUGCUGACCGUGUUGUCAUGUCAGUUGCUGUUGUUCCUCUUGCUGCUAAACAUGGUUGGUCUAGUUCUUUUCUUGGCAUUGUUCAGUCAUCUUUUCUGUGGGGUUACAUAUUCUCUUCAGUGAUUGGAGGAGCUUUGGUAGAUAGAUAUGGAGGAAAAAGGGUGAUGGCUUGUGGUGUAUUGUUGUGGUCUUUGGCAACUCUUCUUACACCUUUAGCAGCCAACCAUUCCACAAUAGCCUUGUUGGCAAUUCGUGCUUUCUUUGGACUAGCUGAAGGAGUGGCUCUUCCGUCCAUGAGUACUCUCUUAUCAAGGUGGUUUCCAAAUAAUGAGAGAGCAACUGCUUUUGGAAUUUCAAUGGCUGGAUUUCAUAUUGGCAAUGUCAUAGGCUUGUUGAUAACACCAAUUAUGUUAUCCUCUAUUGGAAUUUAUGGUCCAUUCAUAUUAUUCUCAUUUCUUGGUUUGCUUUGGGUGAUGGCAUGGACACAUCAAGUUACAGAUGAUCCUUUGGAAAGCAAUUUCAUCAGCAGAUCAGAAUUAAGAUUAAUCCAAGCUGGUAAAAUUCUUUCUACAAAAAAGAGUAAUAACAAGUUUCCUCCAUUAGGCCUUAUUUUAUCAAAAUUACCAUCAUGGGCUAUAAUAUUUGCCAAUGCAACAAACAAUUGGGGUUACUUUGUUCUCCUCUCUUGGAUGCCGGUUUAUUUCAAAAGCGUGUAUAAUGUGAAUUUGAAGCAGGCAGCAUGGUUUAGUGCAGUUCCAUGGGCAACAAUGGCAUUUUCAGGUUAUCUAGCUGGUACUGCAUCAGAUUUCUUAAUCAAUGCAGGGUACCCUACAACAUUUGUCCGUAAAUUAAUGCAGACAAUUGGAUUUAUUGGGCCAGCUGUGACCUUGCUAUGCUUGAAUUAUGCAAAUACACCAACAAUUGCUGCUACACUCUUGACUGCAGCUUUGAGUUUGAGCUCUUUCAGCCAAGCUGGAUUUAUGCUUAACAUACAAGACAUUGCUCCUCAGUAUGCAGGAAUUCUACAUGGAAUAGCAAAUUCAGCUGGAACUUUAGCAGCUAUCAUAAGCACAAUUGGAACUGGUUAUUUUGUCCAAUGGUUGGGAUCAUUUCAGGCAUUCUUAACUAUAACAUCAGGUCUCUAUGUUGUGACCACCAUUUUUUGGAAUCUUUUUGCCACAGGAGACCAAGUUUUGUGAUUUCUUCUCAUUGAAAAGUUACCCUGAUGGAGUUCUACACAUGAAUUUCAAAGUUUCAUUUAAUUUUCUAUAAGAAAUGAAUGAAGAGAACUCUCACCCCUUAUGUAGUUUCAUAUCAUAAAAAAAUUUGUAAUAUUUUUCAGCUAAAAGUACUUCACAAAUAUGUGACUACUAAAAAAUGUCACAUAUAGAAUUACAGAGAAAUUAUUUAGACACAAAUGUUACAGUGGAGUAAAAACUUCCUACCCCUAACUGUAUUAAGAAAUUGUUCAUCACUAAGUGCUUACGUAAUUUUCUAA